UCCACUGUUUGUUUUUCAUUUGUGAUGAACGUAAGCUCUUUUUUGGAGAUUGCCUUCAAUAGUUUAAGUUAUAAUCACCAAACAUGUACAGUACCGAUCAAAAGUUUGGCUGGUACUGAACAUCAAGGAAAAGUUAAGGGCCGGGUCAAUUAAUGUAGUUAUAGUCAUCGUACAGGUCGUCGUUGACUCUCAGACAAAGACUGACGAUAAAGACUAAAUAUCUCUCACCUCUGCUCGGGACAGCAUGUAAACCCUGUGUGUGUGUGUGUGUGUGUGUGUGUGUGUGUGUGUGUGUGUGUGUGUGUGCGUGUGUGUUCCAUACAUCGAUGCAGCAGAGUAGUUAACUUUCAUGUCUCACAUGUGUCUUUUUUACUUCUCAGCGUAGGUGGAACACUCCUCGGCCUUGUUCUGACAUGUUUAUGCUCUGCCUCCUUCACUCAUGCUGUCAAACGGCUUUCCUCCCUUUUCCAUUUAUCACGCUGUGACCUCUGUGUUAUGCCGUAAUCCAUUUCAACACGCCUUUUCUAGAAAAAUGUGUGCUUGAGUUUGCUGUUGUUCAAGCGUUGUGUGUUUCUUGUCUCAAAAGGAAAGACUGAAUCCCCAAGUAGAUUACUGACUAAAUAUGAAGAUGGCCUUUUCAUCAGAGAUGCACCGUCUCCCUGUGGUCCUCCUCCUCUUCUGCGUCCCCCUCACCUGUCUAUGCCAGACGGCCAGCGGCAACUCAACUGCCGCCGUGACCACCUCGGCUCCUUCUUCAAAUGUGACGCUCCAAAAGAGCGUGCCGGGCUGCGGCAGAGAACUGAACCCCGUCUACAGGGACCUGUGCGACCGCCGCGCGGCGUGGGGCAUCGUGGUGGAGACCCUGGCCUCUGCGGGCUUCCUGUUGAGCAUCGCUCUCCUCCUGGGCCUGCUCGUCUGGUCCCUGUGGAUCUGCACGUCAUCGAGGAGCCAGCGCAGCAGCAUCGGGGGCACGGUGGCCAGCAUGACCAUGUUCUUCUUGGCCACGGCUGGGAUCUUCGCCAUCACCUUCUCCUUCAUCAUCCUCCACACCCCUGAAACCUGCCCCACCAGGCUCUUCCUCUUCAGCGUGCUCUUCGCCCUGGCCUUCUCCUGCCUGCUGGCUCGCUGCCUGGCUCUGCUGGGCUUCGGGGCGGCCCGCGGCUGGGGGGAACCCGCCUUGGCCCUGGGGCUCUUCGCCGUGCAGGUGAUCAUCUCCACCCAGUGGCUGAUUGUGGUGUUGGUCCGGGACAAGAAGCCCUGCGAGUACAGCCAGGAGGAGUUUGUCAUGCUGCAGAUCUACGUGCUGUGCCUGCUGGCCAUCAGCCUGAUCCUCUCGCUGCACUUCCUGCGCCGCUCCUGCCUCACGUACAGCUACAGCUACGCGGGGGCCGUCCGCCAGCAGGGCCGAGAACACGCCGCGCUGCUCUUCGUCACGCUGCUGCUCUCCGCCUGCGUCUGGGUGGUGUGGAUAGCGAUGCUCGUCAGGGGAAACCCCGAACUGGGCCAUCGGCCUCAAUGGGACGACCCGGUGGUCAGCAUCGCCUUGGUGACCAAUGGCUGGGUGUUACUCAUUGGCCACGGGUUGUCCCAGGUCGCCUUGUUCUGCCGGGGGGAGGCCAAAUCCAAGGAUAUCCCUCUGAGCUUCGCAGGUUGGACCAGUCCCAGCGCCGACAUCCCCGGGCUCGCCAGCCAGAAGCACGGGAGGGAAAACGGAAGCUUUGAGAGUGACAGUGACAAGAGCAGAGGCGGCAGGCUUGAGCAAUCUCUGCGAUCUCCCUACGAUGGAUUCUCUCUGUCAGAGAUUGACACAGAGAGAGAUUACAACAUCCCUCGCCCGCAGACCACCAACUAUCGGGAACCUUAUGAAUAUUAAUUAAAAACGUUUCCAUGUGUGCCUACACACAAACACACAAACUGAUCCAUAACACAAAUCCAAACUGGGGCUCACUUAUGUGCACCCGGCACAUCUUCCUCCUAUGUUUCGUUUUCUUGUGCAACUGUAAAUAAUAUACAAUAGUAUUUGAAUUUAAAUGUGCCACUAGGAUUUAAAAUAUAUUUUGUUCCAAAAAGAAUUAAAGAGUUAAAACAAAACAACGGACUGAGCAGAAUGACUCAUGUGCUUGAUUUCCCCUGUGGAGGCUGCACGGGGUGCAGAUUGUCCAUCUUUCUUCUGAUGGGAAACCACAUAAAAAGCUUCCUAGAAGAGUCUUCAUGAGCGCGCACGUGCAUGCGUCUCUAAGAUGGUAUGUAAUGGCCCCCAGGUGAUAGGAGGUGUCAAACUGUCACUCUGAAGGUGCCAAACUGCUGAGUGGGGCAGAGGCUUCCGUGAACAACAGCGAGGAGGGAGGAGUGAGGAAGGGAGGAAGGGAGAUAAGAUGAGAUAGGACACCACAGGAGCGAGGAUGGAACCGUGGUAGCCUCGUAUCACGACUGCUUAACAUCAUAUUCAGAGUGACGUCACAGGCGCGAGGCUCUGCCAAGUUUAAACACUGGAUGUUUUCUGCAUAAAACCGCUGAGGUCCCCAAAGACGCCCUCUACUCUAA